AUGGCUUGCGCAAUCCCCCUCACGCCCCUCGCGUCGGCUCCCCGCGCCGUCGCCGCCGCCGCGUCUCCCGCUACCACCAAGCCGAAAUCCGCGUCGCCGCUUCUCGCGGGCAGCGCGGGGCUCCGCUUUUCCCGCGGUCCGAUCUCUUCGGCGGCUGUCAGCGUGUCUGGCGCGGCGCCGUUGACACUAACGGGCGGCGCCUCUGGUCCGCCGCGUGUGACUAUGGCGAGCGCGUACAUCUGCCGGGACUGCGGGUACAUCUACAACUCGCGGUCGCCCUUCGAGAAGCUUCCAGACACCUACAAGUGCCCAGUGUGCUCCGCCCCCAAGCGGCGCUUUAAGCCGUACGCUGCGCCCGUGUCGCGCAACGCGAAUGACCUGGCGGUGCGGAAGCAGCGCAAGGCGGAGCUGCAGGGCAGCGGAGGAGGCGG